CUGACAGGAGACCACUGGACGUCAGUGAGUAACACAAAUUACUUGGGAGUAACUGCACAUUUAAUAACUAAAGCAUGGGAAUUGCAGUCCUUUGCGCUAACUAUAAUGAAAACGGAAGAACGCCACUUUGCAGAGGCAUGUGCAGAACAGUUUCAAACUGUGGCAUGCAAGUGGGAAAUUGAAAGAAAAGUUACAACCAUUGGGACUGACAGUGCACGCAAUAUGAUUGCUGCGGCUCGUAUUCUACCAUACGAGCAUAUGCCCUGUAUCGCGCACGUCAUACAGAGAAGCAUCACUGUGAGUCUCGCUGACAGCGGAUUUGUUCCUGCAUUAGCCAAGUGUCGCAAGAUUGUGGGACAUUUUAAACACAGCCCGGCAAACUUAACGGAGCUGAAUGCAGAGCAGGUGAAACUCGGACAGCAGCAGGAGCCACUGAUCCAAGACGUUCCAACGCGGUGGAAUUCCACACUUGAAAUGGUCAAACGCAUCAUCCCCAAUCAAGCAGCAAUAAAAGCAACCCUGGAUCAACAGCAGCAUAAUCUCGUCAUGCUGACGCCAGCAGAAUGGGAUAAACUCCAGAGACUGGAGACCCUUCUAGAGCCCUGCCGGUAUGUGACUCAGAUCCUGGGUGGGGAGGCCUACGUCUCCUGCUCAGUGGUACUACCUGCCCUCUGCCACUUACACCGUGUAAUGGAAACUUCUGAUGAGGACCCUGCAUACAUGAUUAGAUUUAAGACCAAAUUCAAAGACGACCUAGGCUCCCGCCAAGAACACACCAACAAUGCAUGGCUCAAGAUUGCAACCGCACUGGACCCACGUUUUAAGGACUUGAAAAGUGUGCCCAAGGCAGACAGAGAGGAGGUGUGGACCAAACUUGGAGGCCUUCUGCGUGAAUCACCUGGAAGACCUUCACACACUACUGAAGAUGGGCCACCCAAGAAGAAAAUGAACCUUCUUCUACAGCUGGGCUCAGAUUCAGAAUCAGAUGAAGAGGUACAGCCUGACAGAGCCUUACACAGGUACAGAGCAGAGCCCACCAUUGAAAUGACGGACUGUCCCUUGCAGUGGUGGUCAUCUCAUGCAGGAGCCCAUGACAAGCUGGCUCCGUUGGCUCGGAAAUAUCUAGCCACUCCUGCAUCCUCAGUUCCCUGUGAAAGACUCUUCUCACUUGCCGGUCACAUUGUGCAAAAGAAGCGGUCAGCUUUACUCUCAGAAAAUGUGGACAAAUUGGUUUGCCUCAGUAACUGGCUAAAGGAUGAAUAGAGAAGCGGGCCACAUGUAAUUGUGUAGGCCAUGUUCUUUUGGUUUGAUAAAAAAGAGAAAUCUCUUUGUUUUUCCUUUGUUGAAGAGAAAUGGCCAAGAUGGCUAGUGUGUUACAGAAGG